AUGGUACCGCAAUCAGCCCCGUCACCUCCAACACCCGCGUCCUUUGUCGCUUCCGGCUCGCAACAGGUGCAACGCGACCGGGCCGCCAGUGUCAGCUCCUUGGCUCCACCAAAGACGCCCACACGCGCUCGCUCAGGCAGCGAUGCAAGCAGCUUCACCCGCUCUCGGCCAGCUCACGAUCAGUGGGCCACGGACGAGGAGAGCAUCGAACACCCACUCAUCCGUCGAUCGUCGCCCAGCGUACAUGAUCGCGCCGAGCUGCGACCACCAUCGAAUAGCGCACUGCUUUCAAGAGCCGACCACGAUGCAUGCAUCAGUCCAGGACAAGACGCCGGUUCCCGAUAUGGAGCACCUCUGGAAGUGCUUGCAGCCUCUGCUGAUGCCGACUGGGACGCUGAGCUCGGACUCUCAGACUCAGAUCACGCAGCACCUCUGCGAUUGCCGCAAUCACAGCCAGCCCCAUCGGUUCUACCGGCCUCUCGGAGCACCACCACCACCAAUGACUCCGUCAACGAGUUCAUGUGCGCGACCUCUCAUCUCGAAAAGAUCAACGCAGCCAAUCUCAGGGGCAUCCGUGUCACAUCUACCGUCAGCGAAAGCUGGGACGAAGACUUUCUCUUCCAGAAUGAAGACGAGGCCGCGGCCCCACACCCUCACAACGACAGCACAAGAAGCCAAUCAAGGGGGUCCAGUGACCAUCACUAUUCAGCAAAGGGAGCGAAAACGACAGCACUGCAAAGCUUGGACGAAGAGGAGGCAGAGAGUGACAACGACGUCGAGAACUGGGACGACGAGUUUUCGUGGAACGCUGAUCAGAUGAUCACGCCAUCAGCAUCGACCUCGCUUCCAAAUCCGUUGUUGCGAACCAUCCCGAAAGCACAAUCCUCGGAUGAAUCUUCAUCUAGCGAUGUUGCGGACCUUUCAGCUCGUCUGACCGCCCAACACGACACCAAUACAUCACGGACGCUGUUCUCACGGGACAGAAACGAUCCUGACGCUUCAAAUUCCAGCCGCCACGACGCUCUUGGCCUCAUUCGCCACCAUUAUAAUGCUCCGCACAGCCUCAAUCGCCGAGGCAACGAUAGCGGAGGCGACACCGAGACCGAGACACCGCCAAAGGAGUCUAAGCAGCGGGCUCCAAUUCGCCCUGCCCGCAGAUCCCUGGGAGCAGCAUUGGGCUUCGGCACACGCCCGAAAGCCGCAGCUGCACCUUCGGCACCUUCCGCGGAAACGUGGACGCAGUCACCAUCUCGAGUCAAGGACAAGGCCCGCGCUUCAACGGAAGUAAAGACGCACCAAAGCACUCAAUCCAAGCCAAAAGGCAGCGCUUUGCAACGAUUGAGUUUCUCGCGUUCUCGAAACAGCGCCGGCAACGCGUCCAACGUCAGCAUCGACGAAACACCUGAAGAUGGCAGGAGUCAACAACGACCCUACAACGACAGGUUCAAUCAGAGCCAGGCCUCUGUCCUCAGUCAUUUCUCCGCCUAUUCGAACCGUUCUCAACGCGGCGACAGCUCCACCAGCUUGGAGAGGAGCUACGCUGCGCUCCGUAGCGCCAGCUUCCGUCGUUUCUUCAGCCGCGGGGACAUGAGCAGCCGCAAAGAUCCCGAAACUAGCGUGCUUCUUACUUCGCCACCGACAUCUCCCCUGCAAAAUGGGUUGGUCCUCACUCAGCCCAUUCUGCAUGUCUCUAGCCCUGCGAGGGAUGAAACAGCCUCUCUGGCCUCUGAUCUGUCCACUUCGCCGCCCUCUGCCUGGUUCCGCCACCGUCGAUCGAUUGAAACGACACCGACACGGCCAACAGACCGGAGUUGUCGGCGUGGGAGUGGCUUGCUUCAAGGAGGACCACCAGAGGAUGCUGUAGCGGUCCCAUCCAGCCAGCAUGGCCCGCUGCUGACAUCCUCGAGACCACCACAAAACCAGACUUCUUCGAAGCCUCUUACCAUCACUGCGAUCGGACCCAGCCGGGUCGAUGACCGAAACGCCCCUCAUCCGCCAAGACUCUGUCAGCCAACCAAUGCCGGCCUUCGGCGUGACUUUUCCAGCUCCAACACGCUGCGUGCCACCUCCGGAAUCGGCCCCGCAGAUUCUGUCACGCCUACGCGGGCAGGACGCUCAGCGUUUGCUGAAGAUGCGUCGGCCUAUGGGCAGGACGACGGAAGCGACGUCCACACCCACUUGCGGUCUGACGAGGCUUACGCUUACGGCGGCGAGCGAAUGCAUAGAGGCGAUCGUGGCUCGACAAGCAGAUCCGUUUCGACGUCAACAGCUCACAGUCAAGCCAGUAGUGAGUCGAUGUACGGCUACAAAAUGAGGAAGCAGGUCUCGGUGUCCAGUGGGCAGGACGCGCUGGACUCGGAAACCUCGUAUGGCACCAGCGUCGGCAGUUCGCCUGGACUAGCAAACCCGUCCUCUUGGGCGUCCUUCCGAAAGGGCGUAGCCAAUGCCUCGGUGGACAUGAAGGAGACGGAUUCGAUUCUUUCCGCUGACUUGUCAAGCAGUCAAGAGAUUUCGUUCAGGCGCGAGACUACCUUUGGUCGCACGCCUAGUUCCGCAGGCUCCUUCUUUGGUCUCGAGAGGACGCUCGACGGCGCGUCCGCGGUUGGUGUUCCACUGGCUGCACGCCAGCAGUCUGUGCUUCAAGGUCCUACAUCCGCUUCGCAGGACACCGAUUCGAUGCGAGCGCCCUCAGCGCGGCUCGCGUCGCCCCUCACCUCCGCUCAUCAAGCUCUGCCGGGGCCGACUUCCGACCACCCUCCGUCGUCGCGCCAAACGACUUUGGCUGCUGUUCCGUCUGACAAGCGCGCCCCGAGGCGCAACAGCCUCGGAGAUCUCAAGAUCCCGAGUCGAAUCAGCCAAGCGCAGACGGGCAUCCGCAACAACAUCAACUUGGUUCGUGACUUUGCCAAAGGGAUCGAGGAGCUCAAGGUGUUGAAGGCGAGCUACAUGGAUCAGAGGGCGACGACGCCGCUGCUCAGCUCGGAAGCGGAGGAAAGGAUUCGCAAUUGGCUUGAAUGUGCCGAUGUGCUCAUCGGGCUAGGCGAAGGUCGCAGCGAAGCCGAUUCGGCCGCUCGCGUUGAGACGUUGUCUCAUACGACGCUGUCGACGCACGCUGAUGGCCGUCGCACGACAUUCUCGGAUGCAUCCGCAGGCCCGAUGCCAACGAUGGAUCAUCGACCUUCCCUGUCCAGCGCCAGAAAUGUCAGUGGCACAAGUCAGAGCACCGUGUCGACCACCGAUGGCACCAGAAGCGUCGACGUGCACAGGGAGAUCGACAUCUUGUCGGCCAUCCUCGGCGGCACGACCCUCCAUACCAACUCUGCUAAGCCGCCUCGCUCGCACGGCCGCUUCCAGUCGGAAACAUACGCACGAGGCUAUCCAGCUCUUCACUCUGGUGCGCCCAUCUUCUCGACUCCGCAGACGAAGGUGACGGCAUCCUCGACCCGUGUGUCGAACCUGGUGACACCGGAACGGACCAGCUUCAUUGGGACGAGAAUCGUGCAAACUGAAACCCCGUCGAUGGAAGAGCGACGCAACACCGGAUCGCCCAGGACCGGCGUCGACGCGAGUUUGACCGACAUUUCACUUCCCAGCGAGCCUGAUGUUGGCGACAUUAAUCGCAGCGCCAAGCGUCGCCUUCGAAGUGCCAGUCGCGCCGGGCUGCAAGGCCUGAAGGAGCUCAUCAAAGGUUUCCGAAACAACGCUGGCGAUGACAAUGGCACGACAAAGGUGAACGCUGGCACAGACGACGCCACUGAUCCGUCGGGACUUGCCAUCGACGGGCGUCCCACGACACCAUCAGCAUCGAAGCAGAAGCGCAAGUCGCUGACUCUGAAGCGAAGGUCCUUCCUCCGCUCCCGGACGUCGUUGGACAGCGUGCACGCCAAAGACGCGGACAUGCUGACGUCGAGCGACGUUGCACCUCCUCUGCCUGUCUCGCCUGAGAGUAUUCGAUCUGCCCACCCCUCGCCUCCCAAGUUCGAGCAACGCGAGCAGCGCAAGCCGGCACCGCCGCUCUUCCGGUCCUCCCUCGAGACGACGCGGGAGUCUUCCUCCGUAGACGAGCCCGCAAAGCGAUCGACACUGUCGUCCUCCAAAUCUACCCGCCGCGUUUCCCUGCAGCCUACACGGAUCAAUAGCCGCACGAAUCAUCCGUCGGUCGAUAUGGUCCCUUCUGGACCGCCUCGACAACCUCUUUCCGCCCAUCUUCGAUCUAGCAAGCCAACAAUCGCGCAGCCGCCGCAGCAGCCCCAUCGUCCCGCCCUCGCCGUCCGCGCCCCAGCACCAUCCCCUGGCGUCCACACCCACUCUCGACGAGCCAGCACCUCGGUCGACACGCUGCACCGCCACCAGCCGUCGCUCGACCAUCGGCCGUACUCAUCAGCGACGGCUCGAUCCCACAGCUCGUCUGAGGGCCCGCCUCCGUUGGUGCAGAAGCUAGCGCUGCGGCCGGAAGCCAUGCCGGGACUGCUGGUAUACGUACAGGCGACAAGACAGCAUCUAUUGGCUGCGAUGGAGGAGAUGGCGCCUCGCCAGUCAGACGAUACACACUCGACACGACGUCUUGAUCAAUGA